AUGUAUGCCCAGCUUGCCAGACCAUUCACCAAUGCCAUGCGGCAAACUGCGUCAAUUUCCAAUCACCAAGCCUGUAGGUCCGGAGGAGGCUGUCAGGCCAGCGUCUCCUCACUUUAUCUAAUUUGCCGAGUCCUCCGAGCCUGGUCUCAAGGUAGUGACCAGCACUGGCCCCCAAACGCAGUCAUCUUGGCGUCGCAAAUUCUUCUCAAAGGUCGUUUUCAUUGCACAUUUACCCACCUAUCCUUCCCAGCGCGUAGCAGACUAGGCUGUCGAGUAUCUGGUGACUGCCAGGCUCCCCGACGUAGGACAGGGUGCCGCCCUCCCCCUCACCCCCGUGUCUUCUUUACCAAAUCUCCCCCUCCCGGUACUUUCUCUUCGUGUCAUCUUCGCUUCCACGAAGGCAUAUUCAACCAAGAAAUUCCUUCCACUUUGUCAGAGGGAAUGACAGAGCGAAACUUGCCCGUGAGUUUACGGGAGCAAAUGAACGACGAUCGAGAACUCUUCAUCUUUCAUGAGUGGUUUCAAGACUACUCGGGCACAAUGGGGUCCCCUGCAGUUGCACUCCAAUUUUACGACAAGGACACCUCUCGCUUUGCACAAACAUUGGAGAACCAGAGUUUGAGAGCCGCAAUCCAGAGGUACAAAGAGACACAGCCCAAGAACGACUUUUGGGAAAACUUCAACCCCGAUUCUUGCUCAUGGGAUCAAGUUGUCGCUGAGCUUGACGAGACUACAAGAUUUUAUCGAACCAAAGCAGACGGGAACGCCAUUCGGCGCUCCUUUCGUGGCCUAGGGGUUUCAAGGAACAUGGGACCCCUCCUAGAAAGCAUCCCUCAAGACAACGGCCUAGGAGUUCUCAAGGGAGGACUGCUAAUUAUCUUUAACGCAGUCAAGAGAAGGGCAGACACGUGUGAAAGAAUCUUUGAAAGCUUCGAGCACAUACCUAGUUGCAUCGAGGAUGCCGAGCAGCUACGUCAGACUUAUUCCCGAGAUGAAUCCGUAUUCUCGGCCGUCGGUAAUCUCUACAGUCAACUUGUCAAGGCUAUCCCCCUUCUCAUAGAUGUUCUCUUGCGCAAGAGCAACAACUCCAAAAUCAAGAAACUUGGCAAAUCCGUUUUCGGUGAUUCUUUGGCCGAGGUUGAUGGCAUCCUGAAGCCAGUGAAGAACGCAGAGGACAUGGUAAAACAGUGCCGGUUGCGCUUGGACACAAAGGGUAUUGCCAAGAACUACCAAUGUCUGCAGGGGCUGCAUGUUGAGGUUCAUUCUGUCAAACAACAUAUUGACCAAAUCAACCAAAGAUUCACGACCAUGGAAGAAAGGUUCGAGACUUGUAGGGCUGAAGAUAAGGAGGAGCGCCGCAGGCUCGCCAGUCAGCCUAUACAACUAGUGGGGGAUCUCAAGAACGUGCUGUACGCUUUUUUCCAAGAGGGGCGACGAGUCGAGCGACUGUCCUUGGGUUAG